AUGGAUGGCGACGUCGUGGCCCAGUUCUCCGAAAUCACCGGGUCGACUCCGGAGCUGGCGACCCAAUAUCUGCAGCUAACAGAGUUCAAUAUUGAACAAGCGAUGCAGCUUUUUUUUGAAAAUGAUGGAGCACCACUUACACGCGAACCAGUUUCCACGACAUCCACCUCGAACAUACCCGCUCACUCUGGCUAUGAAGAUGCUUCCGGGGUAGUGCACAUCGAUUCUGACGACGACACCCAAACUGCGAAUCGGGGUGGAGCGUUAGAUGCGUCAACGUUCGAAGACGAUGCGGCCAUGGCACGCCGCCUACAAGAAGAAAUGUACGGCGGACAGACUGCACCUGAACCUGAUGAAGUGCGUGCACCGAUGGCCCGCACCACUGAAACCCUUGUUGGACCAGAGGCGGAUUUCGGCGGAGAUAUGCACGAGAACAUAUUAAGCCAACUUCGUACACGCCAACGACGAGGCAACCGCCCUGGCAUCUUCAACCAACAAGAUACGUCAUCAAUAUGGACCGGCGACGACGAGCAAGAGGAGGUACAUCGUGAAAGGCUGGCGGAAGCAACGGGGGGCGCCUCCGAAUCUUCCUCUAAAUCAAAUCUACUCGCGGAGAUGUAUCGUCCCCCUUUCGAGAUUAUGUCAAGGCUGCCUUGGGAUCUCGCUCGUGAAGAAGGCCGAGAGCAUGAGAAGUGGAUUCUAGUGAACAUUCAGGACCCGUCCGUCUUUGACUGCCAGCUGUUGAAUAGGGACUUGUGGAAAAAUGCUAGCAUCAAGGAGACCAUCCAAGAGCAUUUCAUAUUUCUGCAGUACACCAAGGAUGACCCUCGUGCUGGGCCGUAUAUCCAAUACUAUUUCCAGGCUAGUGAUGUUUCUGAUAACUAUCCACACAUCGCCAUUAUUGAUCCUCGCACUGGCGAGCAAAUGAAGGUAUGGUCAGGGCCGCCAGUGGUGAAGGCUGCGGACUUUUUGAUGCAACUACACGAGUUCCUUGACCGCUACAGCUUGAAUCACAAGGUCCGAAACCCUGUGGCGAAACGGAAACCAGAAACAAAGGAGAAGAGCAUCGAUGCUAUGACAGAAGAAGAGAUGCUGGAACUAGCAAUGAAAAACAGUCUCGGGGCGGAGGCUGCGCAGGCAAAGAAACUGGAAGACCCGGAUGACCUAACCCGGAGCUCUGGCGACAUCAAAGGCAAAGGUAAAGCAGUCGAUGAUGAGGAUGUUGAUAUGGAUGAGGCAGAUGAGGACGGGCCGGCGAAGUCUGCAUUUUCAUCUAUUCCGGGCGACCGACCACAUGUCGAGCCCCCUGCCGACCCCGCGACAACGACACGCAUCCAAUUCCGUCAUCCUACUGGAAGGGUCAUUCGGCGCUUUGCGUUGGACGAUCCGGUUAGAAGAAUCUAUGAAUGGUUGAAAGCUGAACCUGUAUUGCCGGACAAAACUGGGUUUGAGUUCGAACUCAAUUCCAUGGGUCGCAAUUUGAUCGAUGUUCUAGAUGAGCGCGUGGGGGAUGCUGGCCUCAAGAACGGAACGGUCAUGAUAGGGUAUAUUGAGGAUUAA